GGUCGUAGGGUGAAGAACACGGUGGAUAUCGGUCUGGUGAAGAAGUGGGUUAAGUUGUGCCAGGAGAACCAUGGAGAUAAAUGUCAGAAUGUUUGGGGAACGGACAGGAACCUGCCGGGGUCCGUGAGAGUGGUGGACGUAGUAUCGAUGGCCGUGGUCCCUGCACCUUCUGGCUGUCGUUAUGUUGCCCUCAGUUAUGUAUGGGGAGUCAACGGCGCAGAGUAUUGGACGACGAAGGAUGAUAUAGCAAAGCGCUCCAUGCCUGGCGGAUUGAACGCGGCAAACCUCCCUGACACCAUCACAGACUCGAUUUCAUUCGUUCGACAGCUUGGUGAACGUUAUAUAUGGAUCGACGCUCUAUGCAUCAUUCAAGAUGAUUCGCAGGACAAGGUCAUUCAGCUGCAUGCUAUGGAUUUGGUAUAUGGCCUGUCUUAUUUCACGUUAAUUGCUGCUGGCGGCAAGACGGCUCGAGACCCUCUCCCAGGAUACCGUCCACGAACUAGAACGCCACAAAUACAUAUCGAAGUCAUUCAAGGACUUCAUCUCUUUGUGACUCCUCCAACACAUGAGGUUGCUCUGGCACUGUCCGUUUGGAUUACGCGUUGUUGGACCUAUCAAGAGUGCGCGCUGUCUUGCCGAAGGAUAUACUUCACUGAGAAGCAGGUCUACUUCGACUGCCGAUGUCAGGUUUUCCGCGAAGACAUCGUCGCGGAAAGUGAGGCCGACUUCUCCACCAGUUUUGUAAGGUAUCCACGGGGAGAAUAUUUCCCAGCCUCGACUGACUCCUUCAAGAGUUACAUGUUUGCCGUUGAGAGGUGUACACGACGCAAUCUCACCGUCGAAUCAGACAUUGUCGAUGCUCCCACUGGAGUGACAAAUGCUUUGGUGGUAGCAUUUGGACUCGGCGACCCCGCCAGAGCUUUCCAAUAUGGAAUGAUGUUGACGGAACUACAUCACGCGCUUCUCUGGCAACACGAUCCACAUACGCCUCGUGUUCGUCGUUCGCUUGCUGAAGGAGGCGACUCUUCUUGGCCUUCUUGGGCAUGGGCAACGUGGCGUGGUGCCGUUAUCUACAUGUCGUGGGGAGUGUAUAGGCAGACUCGGGUUGCCAGUUAUAGCAGCGAGGCGUCGGUCGAUGAGACGCUUAUUGAUGCUUGGUACAUCGUGGACCACAGUGGCGAUAUAGUGCCGCUCGAUGUUCGGAGGGUUUCACGUGUUUAUUGGAUAGAAGAAGAGCAGCCCCCGUAUUCCCCUCCAGGAGGGAUCUUAGAUCCAGCAGAGAUACCACUGGACAUUCAUCGACCGCUAAAACCAGGCACCCUCAUUUUCCGCACGACUUCUAGCCACUUUGACAUUACAAGGCGAGGUGGUGAAUCAGACGGAGAAUCAAGUCCCGCCGACCACUAUGGUCUCUUUAAUAUCAUCUCCACCACGUCUUCCCCUCCCACGUGGGUUGGCACUGUCAUCCUGCCAUUGAUCCCUGCCCCGCCAACUUCUAUCGAGUUCAUCGUGCUUUCCCGUUGUGAUGGUGUGGACGGAGUGUGCGAUCUUGAGCGUUACCGUGGGUGCUUGCUGCAUGUGAUGGCGGUUUGUGAGAAUGAGGGCUUGAUGGAACGUGUUGGGUUGGGCGUCAUUCAUAUCGUUGCCUGGGUUGCUUCCACACCGGAGGAGAAGGUGGUGUUUCUCCGAUAAUAGCUGGCAGUGUCGGUUUGAAUUUCACCUCGAUUGUUUAAAAGCUAU